UGCGUGCGUAAUGCCGCCGGGGGCCCGCGGGGCUUUGUGGGAAGGGUAGUUCCCUCGGCAAGAUGGCGGCCCCGCCGCCCCAGGAGCAGAUGCUGAGGCAGCCGCCGCCGCCGCUUCCUCGGGAGUCGGACGAAAACGGCUGCGGAAGCAGCGCCCCCGAGGACCAGGUGGAAGAAACAGCUGACUCGCCCUACCUGCGCGCGCGACGCAAGCUGGAGAACCUCCUGAACAAGAGUUUGCGGAUUCGUAUGACCGACGGACGGACCCUCGUGGGCUGUUUCUUGUGCACUGACCGGGACUGCAAUGUCAUCCUGGGUUCUGCCCAAGAAUACCUGAAACCCACAGACUCCUUCUCGGCAGGCGAGCCCCGAGUCCUGGGCCUAGCCAUGGUUCCAGGCCACCACAUCAUCUCCAUCGAAGUUGAGUUGGACAGCCUGAACUCCUUGCAGUACGUUUGAACCCAUCCCUUGAUGCUUGUCGGACACGAGAAGGGAGACGGAGAAGAUGGGAGAAGGCCGGCCGAGGGCGGAAACUGCCCCGAAGAGCUGGACCUGCUUUCCUGGCUAAAAAUGGGAGGAUUCCUAACCAUCCAGAGACCUGAGAAAGACACUGACCUGGGAGGACCUUUGUAAUUUGCCUGCUCUUUGUUAAAUCUCGAACUCGGCA